AUGUUAUAUCUUCUGAAGAAAUUGAAACAUAUUGAUUCUUAUGGUGAGAGCAAUUUAUCAAUGUUUUAUCUUAAGUUCUACUGCCCUUGGAAAUUAUGUCCUUUGCUUCCCAUUUUAUAUGGAAGAAACAAAUCAGUACAAAAUGCUUGGUCAUGUCAUAAGCUUCAUCGAUUUAUUGACUUCCCAACUCCUUCGGCUAAUAUGAAUUUUUUUUUCUUUAUAAGAGUUUGCUAUGGAACUGUCUCGCUGUUUAUUUCAACGUUUCUAAAGAAAAUAUCCUUUUUUAUUUAUGUGAACUUCACUGUAUACUUUUAG